CAGUUGCUUGAGCAUGAUUUACCUGAUCUUUGCAUCAUACGAGAUACAAGGCUUGACUGGAACACGGCGUUGGCUAUUUCAAGCAGAUAACAACGUUCCUGUCGAGCCCAAAGUGUUGCGAUGGUCAGUGUUGGCUGAUCCAGCCAUCUCCAUCUUCUGGGCCAUGUGUUACGUCAUGGGAAUCAUGGCGGCACGCAGGAAUACGCCGUUGAAUGGAGGGCGUAUUCUGAUCUCAACGGCUUGGCUGGUUUCCUUCAUGUACGUCAUCUGCGCCAUGUUGGACUUCAUACAAUGUGAAUUCCAAGGCAAUGGCAUCGGCUCUGUUUGUCAUGGGUAUUGGAGUCUUUCUACUUCGGCCUUUAUCUGGGUAGGGCUUUUCUUUGCCCAUGUCAGACAGCAGUACUUCUAUGUCGUUGUCUUUUUCCUCCAGGGAGCAUACUGCUUCUAUUUCACCACCUUCGCGCAGAACGCUCAGUGGGCCAUUUACUUGUUCUACGUGUACGGCACCGUGUUGCUUGGUCUUGCCAUUUCCAUGCCUGUGAUGUAUUACUUGAAGCUUCGUGCGAUCUACGAGGAGCUGGAGGAAAAAUCAAAUGCGUUCAGCGAGGCGUGGAACAGGAUGAGACGCAACGAAGCCGACAUGCUACAACGUUUGUAUCAGCUCACCAGACAAGUCAACUCCCUCCUACUCGUUGCGCGGCAGACAGAACGACGAGGCCUCGGUCGGAAGGCGAUGAUCCUGAUGGGUCUGUACAAACCCCGCAUCUCCAAACGUCUCAAGAUGGGGCAAAGAUCUAACGACAUCGAGCUCUUGUACAAAGAAGCGCAGCAGCUGAGCGGUCCUUUCCAGGACUUCGUGGCUCGGUGGAACGCGCACGGAGUGGUGAAGCAGGGAAACAUCAAGACAUGCUCGCGCGCUCUGCAGAAAGUCGUGCGGUCCUACGAGCGAGACUGCUCCAAGCUCACGGACCUCGUGCGGUGCAGCAUUGUGGUGAAGGACCUGACGGAGCUGACGCGGUGGGUGGAGCAUCUGAUGAGGACGUCGGAGGUUGCGUUCGGGUACGAGAAGCGGUUCCCGCACAGGGGGAAAGUGCAGCCUGAUGGGGCUGAGGAGUCGGAGGGAGAGGGAGUGGAGCUGAGCAAGAAGUUCAUGAGCAUCACAUGCAUCAAGAACAGGUAUGAUCCCGCAUACAACAAGCAUGAGACGGUCGGGUAUCGCGAUGUGUGCGUUUGUGUGGAGGUGGGGUACAUCAAGAGCUCGAUCAUGAACAGCUGCAUGCUGGUUCCUCUGAGCGAGUGGGAGACAACCGAAGGUCUCCAUCGUCAUAUCUGUGAGAUGCAGGUGAUCUUGCACGACAUGUACAGCCUCAAGUCGGGGCUGCACAAGUCUUAUGUACAGUUUCGCAACACAGUUGUACAGUGAGAAGCAGUGUUGAGAAGUAGAGAUUGUUAAUAGACUAUUCUUUCUUGUU